AAAUAUGUUCUUGAGGUGUAAGUAGAGUAGAUUAGUAGCACUGAACUCCAGAUUGCGUCAAGAUUUAAGCAAAGAUCAAGACAAGUCAUAGGUAAGAAAGUUAAUUUAUGUUCAUUUUAACAUUAAGCUUAUGCUGGCUGUGUAAAAAACUAAAAAGACAUCCCUCGAAUGUUUGUGUACAUUCUGGACCUGCUACGCUUUCAUGAUCAUUCUGGCUCAGUCAUCGGUCACCUUUACAUCCCUCGAAUGUUUGUGUUCCAUUAGAUCUACGUGACCUUUUCUUAUCUUUUUUUUAUGUCUAGUUAGUUUCUUUCUUUGGUGGUUCUACCUCUUGCUCCGAAAGGGUUUGUUUACCUCGUCGGCUUAUGAUUCCGGAAAGGUUUCAUACAUUUGCUGGCUUUGUGUAAAACUUGUUUAAAUUAUGAUAAUCUACCGGACGACGAAGAAAAAAAAAAGACAUCCAUCGUACAUACACGUUUGGGAAGGGUUCAGUGGAUUUUUUUUUGGUGUUUAUGUUUUGCCUCGUAAAUUAAAAUUUUAAAAGCCCAAUAUGUAAACAAUUAUACGGCCCAAUAAGUUGAGCCCAUUUAUGACGUCCGUAGUAAAUCGUUUAAAAGCCUUGCUCCGACGUCGAAACUUUCUUCCUCCCGAUUGCGUUCUUUCCCCAAUCGCUGACAGAGACUAUGCACCUUCCGUCGUCAACGUCAACGCCGGAGACGGCUGAUACAGCGUCGAAUUCCACCGUUAUAUGCCAAGAUUGCGGCAGCCAAGAUUCGUGGGUCAUACACUCUGCACGUCUCCGCGGCGUCCUCCGCUUCUUCUGCACGCACUGCCUCCUCCGCAACCAUCCGAUGUCGUUUUGCCCCUCGUGCCUAGCCUUCUACGACUCUUCCCCUCCGCAUCAGUUUCGCCGCGUCUCUUGCUCAAAAUGCGGCUCCCACACUCACAUCCACUGCGCCGGCGGCGACGACGUAAGCUCCUCUCCUCCUUACCUCUGUCCUCCUUGCCUGAACCCUAGUUCGUUCUCAUUCUUCCGUCCGAUCGUCGACGCUAACGGCGUUCGAUUCUUGGAUAAGUCCCUCUCGGAGGCUUUCUUGUGCGCCGCCAAGAUCUCGGCUUUUUCGAUGAGCAGGGCCGUGUUUGUGGCUAAUUUGGAAGCUGAGCUGAAGGGGAGAGAGUGUGCGGUUGCGAAGAAGAGAGAGCGCGAGGCUCUUGAGGAUGUUGUAAAGCUCUACGAGAAGGCGAGGUUGGCUAUUCAGAAGCUUAGAGAAGGCUCCGUUGAGAUCUCCGGUGAUUAUCAGAAACCGAAACAGAGUUUUGCAUAGUGAUAGAGAGGUCUGGCCAAGAUAUUCAAGAAAAGUGAAUAGAUAUGAUAAAGUUGAAGCCUUUUCGUCUAAAGAAGUUUUCAAGCUGAGCAGAUUCUGAUUUAGAGUUCAAUGUAGAGUAUGCAAGUCUUUUUUUUUUUUUUUUUCAGUUUCUUGUUUGUUCGUUUACUAUGUGUAGGAAUCUUUUGAACUGUCAAGUGUUGAAUACUAACGAAGUUCUUAGUCCUAUGUAUCUGGUGAUGGAUUGGGAAUCAUGAGUGUUGUGAUGUUGAGCACAUGAUUCUUAGGAAUGGAUGUGAAUCAUGUAGUGAACACAUUACGCUUAGAAUAGUGUCUUUGCUUCUGUAGCAGUGAACUCAACUUCUUCACGUUCUCAGCACUUAACUUACAAGAACUACCAAAUAAAUUGAUUCAGAAUAGAGUAUCAAUUAAAUGUAUAAGAGCAAGUCCAUUGGUUAGAAACUCUUAUGGAUUCUAAUGAAUAAAUUAGUAGUUAAUUUUGUGAUUUGAAAAGUUUAGAACUUCUGGCAGUCUAAUUAAUUUUUUUUAUCGUCUAGUGGGAGAAUUUCGUCGAGGUUUCUAAUUUUUUUUUUUUUAAGUUAAUUAUUGGAUUUCAGUGGUCAUGUUAAAUGUCUAAAUAUGUGUGUGUAGUAGUUAGAUAAAACUACUAUAAAUAUGUGCAUCCAAUUCAAUAAGAAAAGAGUUAACAAUGUAGACAUACUUGUGUUCUCUCUUCUCUCUACAAUAAGAAAACAAACCUGAGAGUCAAGAGAGUAUGAGUGUGUACUUGUGUGUUAUGGUGAUACACAAGUGAUAACUAAGAGUGAGUGAG